AUGUCUCGACACCGCUACUACAGCAUGGCAAGUCUGCUGCGUGGCAGCACUGCUGCUGCUGCUGGUGAGCUGCGAGAUGCGGUCGCGGCCGGCACCCAGACCCAGGCCAUGGGGAUCGCUAGGGAUCGACCGCCAAAGACUGUUGUUGUCGCUGGCAGAUUCCCCGAGGCCCCGGGCGCCUAG